UAAUAACUUGUGGUCCAAUAUCGUAACGUAGUUUUAAAGAUAUAACAUUUAUAUUUAUUUAUAUAUUAUUUUGGAUUGGAACAAUAUUUAUUGCAUCUUUUGCUAUUGAAAACGGAAAUAUAAAUAAGAUUUUUUCUCCAUUUGAUCCUGAUGGAAGAUAAUGCGGAUUCGGUGAAGCUUAGGAUUAUCCUUACAUGCAUUUUAAUAAUAUUUUAAAAUCUUCAUUAGGUUUCGAUAAAUAUUAUGCUUGCGUAAAGGAAUGUAUAGUUGAUUAAAGUAAAUAAAAAGUUUAUUGUUUGAGAAAUAAAUAUAUUUAAGAUUGUAAUUAAAUUGAAAAUUAUAUAUCAAAUAAAUUUUUAUCUUUAUGUAUUCCUAUAUAAAGUGAAGAAAUACAAUAUUUAAGAGAUAUAUUAAAUAUUGGAAAUCCUGAAUAAUAUAUAAGUGAUCUAAAAACAGCAAUUCCAUUAUUUAUUGGAAUAUUUAUAUUAUCUUUUUGUGUUUCAUUAAUUUUUUUAUUUCUUUUGAGAAUUUGUGCUGGAUUUAUUACUUGGAUUAUAUUUAGUGGAUAUUUUAUUGGAUUAAUAUCUUUAGGAUUUAUUUGUAUAUUUAAUAAUUAGGAAUAUGAAGAACAAAGAUAGAAACUUUAAUUAAUAGGACUUUUCUUAUUUUUAAUUACCAUAUUUUCAUUUAUUAUUUUUAUUUGCUAUUUUUCUAAAAUUAGAAGCUCAAUUGCUAUAAUGAAGGCAUCUUCAGAUUUUACAAGAAAAACUUUUAGUAUAUUCUUUAUACCAAUUUUAUUAUCAAUUUUCGUUUUUUUAUAUUUUGCGUUUUGGACAUAUAUUGUAUUACAUAUAUUUUCUUCUGGAAAAAUAAAAAACAACGAAAUUAGUCCUUUACCAUAAUUAGAAUUGAAUUCAAUUACUAAAUUUUAAAUAUUUUACUAUAUUUUUGGUUUAUUUUGGAAUAUAGAACUUUCUAUUGCUGUAUGUUAAUUAACUAUUGCAAGUGCUGCUUGUAUGUGGUAUUUUUCACAUAGACCUUAUUGUUAAACAUAAAAUAGUGUAUUAAAAUCUUUUACAAGGGCUAUGACAUUCCAUUUUGGUUCUGUGUUAUUUGGAAGUUUAAUUAUUAGUAUAGUUUAGUUAAUUAAAUUUUUAGUUAAUUAAAUAUAUAAUGAUAUUAAAAAAGUAGUUGUUUCUGAUAAUAAUACUUAAAAUUAUUUUAUUAAAUGUUGCAGAUGUUGUUUAUUUUCUUUUGAAAAAUAUAUUAGAUUUAUUAAUAAUAAUGCAUUUAUUAUCGUGGCUUUAACAGGUGAAAGUUUUAUUAAUUCUGCAAAAUAAUCAUUUUCUAUUGUAUAUAGAAAUUAAUCUUAAAUGUAAAUUUCUUAAGGAAUAGGAAGUAUUUUUUCUACUUUUGGUAAAUAUUUCAUUUCUAUCUUAUGUACAGGUUCUGGAUAUAUAAUUAUUAUGAAUGUAAAAUAUUUCAAUGAUAAGAUAUUUUCACAUUUAUUUGUUUGUUUUGUCUUUUUUGUUAUUUCUUAUACUGUCGGAUCUAUUUUUAUGAAUAUUUAUGGAAUGGCUUCUGAUAGUCUACUUAUUUGUUUGCUUUCUGACAAAGAAUUAAACAAAGGAAAAUUACGUGCAUGUCCUGAUACACUUUAAGAAUUCGAAAAUAAAUAUAUGUGA